AUGGCUGAUAUUCCUAUUGGGGUUGGACCUCCUAAUCCUUUAGGAGAUGUUGUUCUGCCAAGUAUGGAGCCGAGCGAUUCGGGCAGUAUCGGUGACCAUCUCGACCAUGAAGGACAGGGUAUUCAGUUCCAGAAUUGGAUUGAUGGUGAUGAACAAGAUGAGGCUAUCCCCGUUGAGCCUCUUGAUUUCGCUUGGGAUGAGAUCGAGGGCUUAGAAGAUUUUCAUGACCGGCAAGCCCCACUUGAGACCAUCUCAAAUGAUUUGAAGACCUUGGGAAUCAACACUUCUAACGAUGGUAAAUACUCUAUAAGCAUGAUCAAACAACCUGCUGAAAACCUCCUAAAUACGGAGGAUGAAGUUGAGAUCAUUGAGGGUUUAACGGAUCUCACCAGCUAUUGGGAAGUAAUGGCUGGUCAAGAUUUCUUGUGCAUCUACGAUAUGAAAAAGCCUAUAGAGCUAAGGUCCCAUGGGUAUUUUUCGUCUGAGAUAUUGGCAUGUUUUUACAGCAGACUUUAUGACCCUAAAACACUUUCAUACGUCUACGCGGCUCAAAUACCACAAAACGAAACCGAGAAAGUCAUGAGAAGGAUUUACGUCGUACUUGGGAAGCCAGUUCCUCAAACUACCUAUGGUGGUAAUAAAAGAUUGGCAAAGCGUCGCUUAUGGGAGUAUGAUACGGAGGCAUAUCAAGCUUUACUCGGAACAAACAUUGGAAAGGUUGUAGCAUGUUUGGUACUCGGCCUGUUUCAACCAGGCACCAAACGGAUUGCUCGAAUAGCUACCUGGUACGAUUUGGACUUGACACGCAAUUACCGCCGUUACUCAGCCAACAUGAGAUUCGAAAUUGAAGACAUAAAGGAUUAUAGUGCGCUCGGAUCAGAAGGAACUACUGCAUCACCUGCAGGUUCUCGUCCUUAUGUACCUCAGAUACUUCGGCCACCUCGUGUCGGGUAUGAGGAUUCUAGUUAUUCAUCAACGUCUUAUUCAGUUCCUCCGCCUCCACCAAAUACUGCUGAGAGUGUGAGUCAACCGUUAGGUGGCUCGGAACCCCUACCUGUCCGUACCCGUGCACCCUCAGCUGUCCGUCGAACUGCAAACUCUGCACCACCACUUUGGCAUAUACCGUUAGGUGCUCCUGUACCCAUAGAUGGCCCUGUACCUGAAUUUGUCAUUGUACCGGCAGCUGCACCGGCAGCUAGCCCUUCACCAGCAAUUAUCCCUGCACCCCCAGCCUUCCCUGUACUUCCAGCUGGCCCUGGAGGGUCGGCACCCCCAGGUUUUACUGCACCGAUAGCUGGCCCUGCAGCCGCGGCUCUUCCUCGGCCGCUGGCCCUGCGUCUCCUGCUGGACGAGGUCGAGGUCGAGGUCGAGGUCGUGGUCGUGGUCGUGGUCGUGGUCGUGGUCGUGGUCGUGGUCGUGGUCGUGGUCGUGGCCAAGGUCGGGGUCGGGGUCGAGGGGCAGCUCCUGGUGCUGCUGCCCCUAAAGCCGCCCCUAAAGCCGCCCCUAAAGCUCCUAAGCGAGGCAGGGGACGCCCACGUGGGGGAGGUACAGGUGCUAAAAGGAAGCUCCCCGAUGAUUAUGAGAAACCCGAUACACGAGCUACUAAGCGAAAGCGGGAUGGUGGUGAUGGUGGCAGUGCUGGUGGAGCUGGAGCAGGAGGAGGAGGAGGAGGAGGAGGAGUAA